AUGGCAAGGCGUUAUGAUAGUCGUACCACUAUUUUCUCUCCAGAGGGUCGUUUAUACCAGGUUGAAUAUGCAAUGGAAGCCAUUAGCCAUGCCGGGACUUGUCUGGGAAUCCUCUCAACCGACGGUAUUUUGAUAGCUGCUGAGAAGAGAAACGUGCAUAAGCUUCUCGACGAUACGGUUCUGGCAGAGAAAAUCUACCGACUCUCGGAAAAUAUCACAUGCACAGUAGCUGGGAUUACCGCCGAUGCCAACAUUCUAAUCAACCAUCUCAGAUGGUGGGCUGCUCAAUAUAAGUUGUCAUAUGGAGAAGAGAUGCCCGUGGAGCAACUGGUACAGAAUCUCUGUAACGAGAAGCAACGAUACACUCAAAUCGGGGGAAAGCGACCGUUCGGUGUGUCGCUGCUUUACAUGGGAUGGGACAAGCAUUACGGAUAUCAACUUUACCAAUCUGACCCCUCUGGUAAUUAUACUGGUUGGAAAGCGACAUGCAUCGGUAACAAUCAUCAGGCCGCUAUGUCUUUGUUGAAGCAAGAAUAUAAGAGCCCAACCUUGGCAGAGGCGAAAAAGUUGGCUGUUAAGGUUUUAUGGAAAACCCUCGACGUCAAACUGACAAACGAAAAAGUAGAAAUGGCUGUCUCGAACACGGAUGCCAAGCGACGGGAAGACGGUAGUUGA